AUGGAAGCUACUUCACGUCCAUGUUUCUCUCAGACUUACCUUAGAACACAAGAAACAGUCACAAGAUCAUCACAAAACUACAACACUUCUCUCCAUUCGAUCCAAAAACAGCCUGCAAAGCCAUGGAAAAGACCUGUAACAGCUUCGCUUCAACGAAUGCGUCCUCAAGUUUACCGAGUCGAGCCGGUCAACUUCAAGGAGCUGGUUCAGAGGCUAACCGGUUCACAAGACCAUCAUGAGCAAGAAGAGGUGCAUCAAGUUUUACCAGAGGCUAAACCACUCAAGAUCUCUGACGAAACAACAACAUCUACUAAAGACAACCCGUUCGCGUUCGAUCUUUCGCCAUCGUCAUCAAGAUUCUGGGAAGCAUUCCCUCUUCUUAGUCCAGCAAAUCUUUCAAGAUGGUAG